AUGAACACGCCAGUAGAUUCCUUUGGCAUGCCUUUGCGCACCUGCAGCGCUGCUCCACGUUUUGGAGGUGACUACACCCAACUGGUCAACUUCCUGGAGUCAGUAGAACGACUCGCGCAACCACUUGGGCUGUCAGAUAAGGACAUUAUCAAGUAUGCCUUGAAGUAUUCUGCGCCUAAUGAGAGAGAGGUGUUCCAGUGCUAUGAAGGUAACAACACCUAUGAAGAUUUUGCUAACUUCGCCUUGUUCAUGUAUCCAGAAUGCGCAAUUAAGCGCUACACGCGCCCUACUAGCGCGAUUUCCGCUAUUCCGCUUCCGCCCCUUGAAGCGUCCCCUGAAGCGCCACCUGUAGGUGCGCCUCAGCAACCAGAACGCGCCCAAGAUCAGCUAGUAGCAGCAGCUAUGGCGCCAAUAUGCGAAAUACGCGAAACCCUUCCCCUUCCGCCUACUCCAACAUUGCCUAUCAUUGAAAUCGCGUUCGCACCAGCACACAUCGAGGCGCCUAUUGUAGGCGAACCUACAGAGCAUCAGAGCGACACAGAAGAUCAGUUGGACGAAGUGGUUUCACCCCAGCUCGACAUAUGUGAACCUACCGCUAUCGCGAACGUGCCAAAUGCGCUACCAGAUGAGAUCACGCCAUCCAUCAUCAGCAAUGACCUUCAACCCCAAUCGCAUUUUAGCGCGCCUAUUCAGGAGCAUUCUGCAGUGACAGAGCUCCAAAAUGCGCCUCAUUUCAAACCACACGACUUCCACUUGCCAGUCAAACACCCAUGUAUCAAGUCACCCCCCACCCACCAAGUAGAACAUGUCUCAGGCGACCCUGACACGCCUCCAGUGCACCCUAUGGCGCCUGAGGUUGCACAUGUCACGCACUUUGAGGCACUGUAUAUUCAACCUUCGCUCAUUUCGCCUUUUUCGCUUAUUUCGCGUUUUUCACUCUCAUUGAGUUUUUCAUCAGUUGCUAAUGCUUCGCCUUUGCCUUCAUUUAAGCUACCAUCAUUCCCUCACUCAGGCGCCACAGUCGCGCGCCUCACGCCUUAA